AUGGAAGAUAAAUUAGACAGAUACUACACAAAUGUGCUUUCAAAUGCUGAAAAGGAUAAACACACAACUGUCGAUAGCGAUGACAAAAGUAGUGGCGAGGAAAAUUUAGAUGAACUACUUAAUGAAUUGGAUAGAGAAUUAGACGAGGAUCAUGAAUUUUUGAGUGCUUAUCGGUCGGAGAGGCUACAACAAAUAUCAGAUCAUUUAAAACAGGUCAAGAAGAAUGUUGAGGAUGACGGAUACGGUAGAUUGCAGUGCAUUGAUAACGAGGCAGAUGCUAUCCAAAUAUGUACAAAGACUACUAUGGUGGUCAUACAUUUUGAAUUAGAAACAUUCGGUAAGUGCCAGUAUAUGAAUGAAAAACUGGAAAACUUGGCAAAGAGGUAUCUAACCACGAGAUUUAUUAAAGUAAACGUCCAAACAUGUCCAUUUUUGGUUAAUAAACUGAAUAUUAAAGUACUUCCGUUUGUAGUUGGAUACAAGAAUGGCCUAGAAAAAGUUCGCUACGUAGGAUUUAGUAAACUGGGAAAUGACCCUAAUGGGUUUGAUAUUAGGAGGCUAGAGCAAUCUUUAGCCCAUUCAGGUGUUAUAGAAGACACAUUCGAAAUAAGAAAGCAUUCAUCUGUGAAUACGGAACGCUUCGCUUCUACAAAUCAUGAUAGAAGUGAAAGUGAUAGUGAUUUAGAUAUAUAA